CAACUAUUGAAAAUAGCAUAAACUAGCUUGAUUUUCAAAAAAAAAAUAAUUUUUUAAUAAAUAUUGAAAUGUUAAAAUAGCAAAAAUGAAUAUGAAAAGUGCAAAAGGAUAUGAAAGAUUUGGGUUGCGGGUAACUGCAUAUAGUGAAAUGGGAAAUCGUAAGUACAUGGAAGAUGUGUACUCAGUGGCUUAUCAAAAGACAAACGAUGGAAGUGAGCUGGAUUUUGCAUACUUUGGAAUGUUUGAUGGUCACGGUGGAGAUACAGCUGCAAUAUUUGCCAAGAAUCAUUUGAUGAACUUCAUAGUCGAUCAGCCUGGAUUUUGGUCAAAUGACGAUGAAGAUGUAUUGAAAGCAAUAAAAACGGGAUUUUUAGAUUGUCACAUGGCUAUGUGGAGAGAUUUGGAUAAUUGGAAGCCUACAAAUAGUGGCUUACCAAGUACGGCAGGAACCACAGCAAGUAUUGCAUUUAUUCGUAAAGGAAAAUUGUACAUUGGACAUGCUGGUGACUCAGGAAUUAUUUUGGGAACGGAAAGUUCUGAACCUGGAAGGAAUUGGGUAGCAGAGCCAUUGACAGUCGAUCACAAACCUGAAAAUCGAGAAGAAAGGAAGAGAAUAGAGGAAGCUGGUGGAAAAGUGAUUGAAAAGAUUGGAAUUCAUCGUGUUGUUUGGUAUAGACCAAGAUUUCCACAUCAAGGUCCAAUAAGACGUAAUACAAGGAUUGAGGAAAUUCCAUUCUUAGCUGUGGCACGAAGUCUCGGUGAUUUAUGGUCUUAUAAUUGGAAAACUGACAAAUUUAUGGUCUCACCAGAACCAGAUGUUGCUGUUUAUGAAAUUGAUUCUUCAAAGCACAGAUGUCUGAUAUUUGCAAGUGAUGGAUUAUGGAAUAUUAUGGAUGGACAGACAGCUGUUGAUCUCGUUUAUGAAGCAGAAGCAAGUAACGACCAAAAUGCUAAAAUGGUUGAUAAAUCAGCUAUGAAAUGGCUUAAUCCAUCACGUCAUUUAGUUGAAAUUGCACUAAGGCGAUGGAGGGAAAAUAAAAUGCGAUCAGAUAAUACAUCUGUUGUAUGUGUCAUGCUAGACGUACCAAAUAAAAUGCAAAAUAUUGGCAAUAUUGAAACGGAGCAAAAUAGUCGUACAAUUUAUGACUAUAGCACCAGUGAGGCUUACAAUCUUGACUAUGUCGACAUGAGUGCUUAUGAUGUUCAUCCAAAUUUUAAUUUAGUCAUGCAAAGUCCCCAUCAAGUCAAUCCAUAUCCAUAUUAUAAUCAUUAUGAAAACAACCCACACGAUCAUCACAAUCCAAAUCAAUUACCAUCGUUCUCUGUUGGAUAUCACACAUAUUCACAUACAACAUAUUUGGACCAUCAACGGGCUUCAUCUUCGUCGGAUUUAACUUAUCAUACAAGUAGCAAUGAACGUGCCUUUGUUAAAGGAUGUUGUCCAAAUGAAAGAUUCUUACUGGCAAAAGCUGAUGAACAAAUUCAUUAUCAUGCAACAUUUGAUCAGCAUAAAGAAAUGUAUCAGAGUAUGGCACAACAGCCAUUUCCACCUUUACAUUAUGCAUAUCGUCCUGUUCCAAAUCAUUCAUUUGGAUUCUCUUUGCCGCCUAUUAAUGAUAAUAGUUUUCUACAGAAUCAAAACUUUAUGUCACCACGACCAAUGGAACGAUAUAAUUAUUUACGUCCAACUGAGGCUGAAAUUGCUGAAAUGCACAAUGAAAUUAAUCGUGAGGAGGAAGAAGAAGAAUUAUCUGACACAGAUACCGAAGAAAUGGAAUGGUCCGAUGACGAAAAGCAAGAAAAAGAAACUAAAACUGAUAUUGCAACAUCAGUUGAUGCUGAUGAGUUGGAAAUAAACAAAAGUGAUGUAGAGCCUGAGAAUCCUAAAACUGAUCUUUCAAUACAAAUAUUUGAAAUUUCGUCGUCAAAUCUUGGAAUUAAUGAGAAAUUAAGUGCAAAUAAAACUAAGAAUCUGCCAGAAAGAAGCAACAAUAAAGAAAAUUCUGAAACUCACGAUAAAAAGAAAAAAUCCAGUAAAAAUACAUCAACCGGCCGAUAUUAUGAGACAAGACAGACUAACUGUAAAAUGCGUUCAGGAAAUAUCCGAUCUUCAGGCAUCAUUCAAAAGACAAUUGGAAAGGAGAAGAGUCAACGAAGAAUUGUCCGUUGUGCACGUCGUGCUGUAAAAGCAUUUCAAGACAUGAAAGCAAGUACUUCAUUAGCAAUUAAAAAGCAAUUGGAGUCAAUUGCCAAUGUUAAAUCAAGAUCAAAGGUACAAGAGAAAAAUACAUCAUCAGAUUCACGAAUUUUACGCAGCUCACAAAGUGAUGUUAAGUCAUCACCACCAGCCAACAAGAAGGAAAUGAAAGAGAAAGUUUUUAAGGUAAACAUCAUUCGAAAUUUGAGGAGUAACGCUGUAUACAGCGAAAAGACGCGUAAAAAGAACACGAAAUCGAAAUAGUUGAAUUUUGGAUAUCCACGUUGCAUGUUGCCUUAAAAAAAAAUUCAAAAUCAAUUCAUUCUUCCUGGCUGUGAGCUGCUGCAUGAUGAUGAAAAAACAAAUAUUUUUAAUGGGACACAAACACGUAGUUAUGAGCACUUUAUUUGACUUUUAUUUGAUUACAUGGAUCUUUGUAUGAAUUUCUAAUUGUUAUGUGCCAUGAUUUGUGUUUUUAAAAAUUCUUAACUUUUUCUUGGAUCUUUUUCUUUUGCAAUAAUUGAUAAAAACUAUUUUAUUUUAUAAGUUUAUUUAUUUUUCUUCUCUUAAUAAUAUAAAUUUUAGUGAAUUUUCAAUUAAUUAUUGAUGUCGGUUUUCUUAUUCUUAUUUUUAAUGUUAAUUAAAUGGGAAUUUUUAAGUUGGUUGGGGUUUUGACAUGAAUAAUGUCAAAACCAUACAAAUUAAUUUAGGUUUGAGUGUUUGAAAACAAUUGAAAUUCAAUUUCUGACCUUCAAAACCAUACAAAUUCAAGUUUUGAAACCUUACAAAUUCACGAUUGAGAAAACCUUACAAAUUUUUCAAUUUGCAAAACCACACAAAUUAUUUCAACUCUUCAGAACCUCUCAAAUGUUUUUGAAUUGUCAAAAUCCGUUAUUUUUAAAAUAUCUUAAUUAAUAAUCACAACCAACUUAAAACCCCAAAUAUAAUCAUUAUUUUUUUCUCAAGCCCUUACAAACAUCUCAACAAAAAAAUUAAUAAGUAUAGAAAAGUGCCUGAAAUAUAACACAAAAUUUCAAAAAAGAAAAAGAGUUAUAAGUUACCUUAAAAUUAAAUAGACAAAUUUCAGAGAUCAUUAAGAUGAGAAUAUAUUCAUAUUAAAGGUUCAGAAGUGGAAUUUGAUUUGAAUUAUGCUGGAUGGCAAAUAAAAACAGGAACCUUUUCACAGUCAACGCUUCAAUAUCCACAUUUAUGACUAGAUUUUUUGAUCUAUGUCAUUUGUGGAUCUACAAAAUCAUCGCUGAGCACCAAAUAAGUUGAUGGUUCAUAUUUUUAAGUCAUUGCCACCCAGUUGAUCUUUAAUUAUCAUGUUAAUCCAAUCUACUAGAAUUUCACCUGACCUGAAACCUUUGAAAAUUUCAUACAAAAAAAGCUUAAAUGUUGGGAAAUCAAAUGUACAACAAAAUUGUGAAAAAGGAGGUAUUUUUGAGCAGUGAAAAAAAUAAAAGUUUUAUUUUAAAU